AUUGAGGGCGUUCUUGUGGGAUUCAGAUGUGAUGUUCGUGUUUCGACAUGUGGGAGGGUUCAGUAGCAGGAGCAGAGGCUCCUAGUCAGCCAGAGGAGCUGUUUAUGCCGCAUUACGUCUAUUGGUUGGUCUGCGGAACCAUUGCGAUCUUCGCCAUCCUAGUACUGCUGAUUGUUUCAGUUUUAUUUUUUGUGUGCUUUCGAAGGUUGAAGCAACCCACUCAAGAUGCAGAGGAGUUGUCCACACAAGGCACUUAUCCCGUGCGCUUUUCCAUGCACGAGAUUAUUGACGGAACAAAGAAAUUUGACCGUUCGGUUUUGAUCAAGAAGGGGCGUUUCUCCUCCUACUACGUGUACCGGAAGCCUGACAUGAAUGACAUGGUCAUCAGGCGACUCCACCGAAAUAUCGUGCAGAACAGAAGCGCUGACGACUUUGAAUCAGCUGUCAAGAAAGUAGCGGUUGGAGCGAUCCAUCCUAACCUUGUCAAAUUAAUCGGGUUCUCCACGGCCACCAAGGAGAGAGUGAUUGUGUUCGAGAGGAUCUCAAUGGGCUCUCUGCAUGAACACCUUCAUGGAAACUCAAAGAAGCCGUUAGACCUUGACUGGAAGUGCAGGGUCCAAGUUGCCCUGGGUGUAGCCAGAGGCUUGAAUCACCUUCACCAAGUGAGUCCCGCUUUCAGGCAUGAUCGCUUGCAGGUACGAAGACAUGGCGCAACUUAUUUAAAACAUGCAGAGAGUCCCUCCAUUGCCUCAUGGCAUGCUUGACUCGACUCGGGUUCUGCUGGAUGCGAACGGAACUGCUAAGCUUUCUGGAUAUGGCGAGCAGCUACUUAUACCCGAAGAAGCCUCACAAAAGAUUCUGAUUCACUCCAUCAAGAUGUCAGGUUAUUCAGGUAAUUCAUUUUUAAAAUCGCGUCUUUUCUAUAUAGCUUCCUUUUGCUAACUCAUUCCAACUUCAUUACUCAGCACCUGAGCAGAUUGUUCGAGGUCAUGGACCACUUCAACCGUCUGAUAGCAGUGCAGACGUCUAUGCUUUUGGAGUUUUACUGUUGGAGUUGCUGACAGGAAGAAAGGCAUUGGAUACGUCAAGAGGGUCACACGAAUCCCUCCUUGCUGAUUUCUUUAAGCCCAUGCUCAACGACACACAAACUUUGCUCACGUACAUUGAUCCAAGAAUGCAGGUACGAGUGCCGUAGGCCAUCAGCUUUGAAGCAAAGGCUACCUGAGAAUUCUGACAACAAUCAUUGCAGGGACACAUCUCUCUGGAGGACAUAUGCAGAGCUGCUGAUUUGGCAGCUGAAUGCUUGGCAAUUGAACCCCAAAGAAGAGUCAGCAUGUCUACCUGUGUGGCUGAGCUCGUCCAGAUAAGACAUUCCCAACGAAUCCCUUCAAGAGCGCACUCUCCAUCCAGAGAAUCUCCCAGCAGGAAGGCAAUUCCCAAAAGUCACAGUAGGCUGUAUUACAAUGAGAUUGGUUGAAAAGACUGAAUCUGAAUAUACUAAGCCAGCACAUCAAGUUCUCAGAAUAACGAAUUGAAUAGAAU